AUGAACCCAUACGUACUUGCAGUCCUACUAUCUAGUCUAGGACUAGGAACCACCCUAACCUUUGCUAGCUCUCACUGACUCCUAGCUUGAAUAGGCCUAGAAAUCAAUACACUAGCAAUCACCCCCUUAAUAGCACAACACCACCACCCCCGUGCAGUAGAAGCAACUACAAAAUACUUCCUAACCCAGGCCACCGCAGCAGCAAUAAUCCUAUUUGCAAGCACAACAAAUGCCUGAAUAACCGGAGAAUGAAGCAUCAACAACCUAUCAAAUCCCAUCGCCAGCACAAUAUUUAUAGCAGCCCUAGCACUUAAAAUUGGACUCGCACCAAUACAUUUCUGAAUACCAGAAGUGCUACAAGGAUUAGAUCUAUUAACAGGGCUCAUCCUAUCUACCUGACAAAAACUCGCCCCAUUCGCACUUAUUAUCCAAACAGCACAAACUAUCGACCCAUCACUACUAACACUACUAGGAAUUACAUCCACACUGGUCGGGGGCUGAGGAGGGCUAAACCAAACCCAGCUACGGAAAAUUCUAGCCUAUUCUUCAAUCGCACAUAUAGGAUGAAUAAUUAUUGUAAUCCAGUACGCCCCCCAACUCACCUUAGUUGCACUAGGAACAUAUAUUAUCAUAACCUCCGCAGCAUUCCUAACCCUAAAAAUAUUAUUAACAACCAAAAUCAACACACUAGCAACAACCUGAUCAAAAAGCCCCAUCCUGGCAUCAACAACUGCCCUAGUCUUACUCUCACUAGGAGGCCUACCACCACUCACAGGAUUUAUACCAAAAUGACUAAUCUUACAAGAACUAACAAAACAAGACCUCCCCCUCACCGCCACAGCCAUAGCCCUAGCCACCUUAAUCAGCCUAUACUUCUACUUACGACUAUGUUACGCAAUAACACUAACCAUUUCCCCCAACAUAAUCAACUCAACCACCCCCUGACGAACUCAAAUAACCCAAACCUCUUUAUCUCUAGCCCUAUUUACCACAGCCGCCCUGGGGUUAUUACCAAUAACCCCAACCAUUCUAAUACUAAUCACCU